CCGAGUCCACACCGUUGCCCCACCUUUGUAUAAAUACUUGUGUUCCUUGCUCAUUUUCGUAAGUGAGGUCAGCUCGCGUUCAGCGUUUUCGGCGAGCAAUUGAUGGAAUAGCAUCUGGAUUCAACCAGAAGCGAGAGGUGCAAGAGUCGAGUGGCCUGAUCCGAAGGACCCACCCCAGUCAGCAAGCGCGUGUCCUUCAUCCUGCUGUUGACGAGACAUGAAGGAGUACAAGGUCGUCGUCCUCGGUUCUGGCGGAGUGGGAAAGAGCGCCCUAACGGUACAAUUCGUCUCGGGCACGUUCGUCGAGAAGUAUGACCCAACAAUAGAGGAUUUUUACCGCAAGGAAAUCGAGGUCGACCAGGUGCCAGCCGUGCUCGAGAUUCUAGACACAGCUGGCACAGAGCAGUUCGCGUCGAUGCGCGACCUCUACAUCAAGAACGGACAGGGUUUCUUGCUCGUCUACAGCAUCAUCAACGAGCAGUCAUUUCACGACGUCAAGCCGAUGCGCGAGCAGAUACUCCGCGUCAAGGGCAGCGACACGGCGCCCAUCAUUCUAGUCGGCAACAAGUCGGACGUGGAGAACGAGCGCGAGGUGCCGUCGAGAGAGGCCGAGUCGUUAGCUGGUGACUGGCAGUGCCCGUUUUUCGAGACGUCAGCCAAGACACGAGACAACGUCAAUGAGGUGUUCGCCGAGAUUGUUCGAGAGAUGAACGCCAAGAGUCAACCACCGAAGCAGACCGGCUGCUGUGUACUUUUGUAGUCGGUGGCUGUUGUUUGUUACGUUGCCUUCGCGCAAUUAAAUUUUACAGGGAGUAUUAUUGUCAUGUUUCUGCUCUGAACACGUGGAAAUGGGUUUUACUACAUACCAACAGAAGCACUCUUAUAAUUAUAAUAUUGUAUAGCCCG